AAACUUGGCCCCCUCAAGCUCACCACCAAACUGUUUCUGGUCCAGUUUUAAUCUGUAUCAUUUUCUCCAGCCCGAGUCCCAACCGUCCAAAAAAAAAAAAAUCCAAGCAUGAAAAAUGUGAAUCUGAAAAAAAAAACAAUAAACUCGUACAUUCCUUUCUGGCAAUGCUGACGAGGAAAGAGAGAGAGAGAAAGCGAGAGCGAAAGCAGCAGCACCCAAAAGCCAUCAACGGUAACAAUCCAUCAAUCCCCCCACCUUCCCCCAUCGCGAGCCAACCUUGGAAUCAUAGAAUAAAAUACCCGUCGGCCGCCAUCUCCGACCCCGGCCUCCAUCUCCGACUCAUAGAGGAAACCUCUCAGACUUCGUAGAAGAGAUGGGCGUGUUAGAGGAAAAAGGAGGAGACCAAAAGCUAGAGGAAGGCCAGGAGAAAGAGACCGUUAAAGCCGUAGAAAAAGAGGAGAAGCAGGUGGCGGUGGUGGUGGAGGCCUCUCAGUCCUUGGCUCCGUCUCAGCCUCAGACGGAGACGAGGGUGACCCGGUUGCAAGCCCAGCAUCCUGUCACCCCCAUCCAAGUCGUCCCCCAUGGCGCCUCCCCUCCGACCGCCGCCGCCGCCGCCGCCGCUCUCCACCAAACCCGAGCCCCUCCUCAGGUGGCGCUGGCCUCGCUCAACUCGCGGUCCUACACCAACAGGAUCAGCCUCGCGCUGUUCCUCCUCCACCUCGUGGUGGCGGCCUUGGCCGUGUGCUUCUUCGUCUUCAAGGCGGUGCAGGGGUUCGUCGACGUCGGCUCCGACACCGCCCGGAAGGAGCGGCGGGUGCUCAAAUUCUGGCUACCUCCCAUCGAGGGCUCAGCCGUGCUCAGCAUGAUCCUGGCUUUCGCCUGGCAGAAGGCCGUCCGCUUAUGGCCGGGGGUGAUGGUUCACUUCGUGCUCUGGUCCACCUUCGGCUUCACGAUGGCCGCCGGCAUCCUCCUCCUCUGCUUCUCCCUCCCCGCCACCGUCGGCCUCGGUGUCGCCCUCAUCGGCUUCUCCAUCGGCACCGGAUUAUACGCCUGCUGGGUCACCCGCCGCAGCACCUUCACCGCCCGGGUCUUCCACCUGGCCCUCCUCCCCACAGCCAAAUUCCGCAGCCUCAACGGCCCGGCCUACCUCAUGCUCGCCGUCGGCUUCCUCUGGAUCUCCAUCUGGUGCUUCGCCAUCAUCGGCGCCCUCAACUUCUACUUUUCUCCCCUCACCAUCAUAGCUCUCCUCCUCAGCAUCGCCUGGACCGCCGAGGUGAUGCGAAACGUAGCUAAUUUGACGGUGAGCAGAGUCAUAGCUCUCUACUACCUCAGAGGGAUGCAAUCCGACGUCCAGUUUAGCUUCCAGCGAGCCAUUUCCAUCAAUCUCGGCAGCGCCUGUCUCGGCUCCCUCUUCGUGCCCACCAUCGAGUUCCUCCGGAUCAUCGCCCGCGCGCUCAAUCUUCUCGAAGGAGAGGACGAGUUCUUAUUCUCCUGCGCCCACUGCUGCCUCAACGUCAUGGAAUCCAUCUUUCCCAACGGCAACAGCUGGGCCUUCGUUCAUAUCGCGGCGUAUGGGAAGGGAUUCGUGGAGGCGUCGCGGAGUACAUGGGGGAUGUUCGAGAGGGCGAGGAUGGAGGAGUUGGUGGACUCGGACAUCACCAGCGCGAUCUGCUUCCUGUCCGGGGUGUGCAGCGGGGCGAUCUGUGUAAUAUUCGCUGCCUCGUGGACCUUCUCGUCCUACGACAAGUACACGGCCACCGUCUCCCUUCUCGCCUUCUUCGUGGGUACUCUCACGACGAGGAUUGGGAUGGCGCUGCCGCACGCGUGCGUGGCGUGCUACUACGUGUGCUAUGCGGAGAAUCCCGGUUCGAGGCUGUUCGACUCGACCAUCCCGGACCGGCUCGAGAUGAUCCGGUCGGGCCGGGAGGUGCUCGUGUCGACGCCUCGGUUCCCUCGGCGCGUCACCAGGACCUGAGACACCGGGCCCCACCGACGGAAGAGGAUACGGUCACCCGCGAUGACGUGCGCCGGCGGGUGAUGCGGGAUGAGUCCGAUGGCCAUCGGGUUGGAUUGCCCCGUACGCCAUGCUUUAAAUUUGACUGGAAGCUGGAAAGGUUGCAGGGGAAAAGGAAGCCCACUUUGGAGAUGGACCUUCUCGCUUUCUUAUGCGCAAAGUGGUGCCUUCUGGAAUCAAAGAAGAAUGCUACAAUGCUGCAAGAACAACACCUCACCUGGACACUUAGCUUGGCAUAUUUCCAAAGCUAAUUAAGCUUUGGAUUAGCAUUAUAUUCACACGAGUGAGGUCACUACGAGGUGAAAGAAAGAGGAAGUGAUGGAUGAGUUUUUGGAACUUUGGAAGUGAGGGCUGGAAUGGGUGGUGAAAACGAAGUGAAAGUUUGGUGGUUGGGGUAAUGGUGGGGACCGUUAGUGCUGAGAGAUGAUGCAAGGGAUGAGGGAGAUUCCCACUCCUCAUUUACCACCAAAUGAAUGGUGAGUUUGUCUUUUGUUUGGUAUUAUUUUAUGUUGCUGUGGAGUAUUUUUAAAGGGAAUAAGAGGUUGGACCCUUUGGGCUACUCUCGUGUGAGCCACUUUAUUUUACCAUGAGUGGUGGGACUUUUCUUCCAGGGUUGCAGAUAAUGUCUGCAAACCAGAGAACGUUUUUUUUUAAUGUAUAUUGAGUGAUGGAACGGUGUCGUUUGUGUAACAAGUGGUGGUGUUGCAGCCGCCCCUACCGGAUUGAUGUACAUGUGCUAAGAUGUAAAUAUUUGGAUAAAUAUAGGAUGUGAUUAAAACAAAA